CAGAGAGGAGGUGUGUGUGGUCCGGACAGCAGACCAUGAAACACUCGUGAGACGUCCUAGUAAUACUUUUUGGGACAAACUUUAUUGUCAAUGAAUGUAAUGUCCUAUAACACGAAAAUUAUGAUGUCGGUUCCGGUCGGGAUGUAAAACGGAUGUAAAACGGACUAAAUUAUUGCUUUUAGAAACGCGCUUUAAAGUUGUCGGCCAGACUCCAGUUGGAGAAAGAAAUGCGUCUACAGCUCAGCUUCGCUAUUACUUUUAUUAUUUUCAACAACACUGUCAGAUGCCAGAAAGUGGACCCUCCUGAAUGCAGUCCUGGGGGUUACAGUGUUCUCCAGAGCCCGUACAGAAGCACCACGUUCAGCUCGCAACAUCUGCUCCAGUCCUCUCUACAGGAGCUUAUUUGUGACCAUACACUCGCUCCUGGAUGGUACCAGUUUCAGAUCUUUGACAAGCCAGCCCGUAUGCCCACCUCAUGUGUGGAGGUGAAUCGCUGUGGAACACAAUCCCCAGUUUGGCUCAGUUUGGCUGAUGGAGAGAGUCUGCCACGACCCCUAGAGGUGAAGCAACUGCGGGCCUGUGCCACCUGGCAACUCCUUGGAAGCGGCAGUAAAGAUUGCUGUCUUUUCCGGUUGCCCGUCACUGUACGCAACUGUGGGAACUUUUAUGUCUACUUGCUUCAGCCAACGCAAGGAUGCAUGGGCUAUUGUGCAGAAGAGAUGUCUGACUCCAGUCAAAUGGGCUGCGAAAAAAAUAGUGAUGGGUCCUGCAAGGACCUCCAGCCUCCAUCUUCUUCAGUACCACUGAUAGUUGCUGAGAUGUUGGGCAGCAGCGUGUACCUGAGAUGUAUGUUUGAUGACAGUAGUGGGAACAGCUCUCUGGGUUAUAUAGUGACGUGGUGGAGACUGUCGCCUGAGGGUAACAGAGAGGAACUCAGGAAAGAUACCACAGUCGAGAACUUUGCUUUAAUCGAGCUGGACGGGAUAAACCUGCGACUGGGAGACAGGAUCUAUUGCAGUAUGGCUAGUUUUUAUCUGGACUCUCCAAACAUACAGAGUCUUCCUGUGGAGAGCGAUGAGUUUUAUGCAGGGAUCCAACUGAAACCACAAUCUGCCUCUAUCUCAGAAGAUGGGAAAGAGUAUGAACUAGAAGUAAGGAGCACUGUACCUGUACCAUGUUCAUCAGAGAGAUGCGUUCUGCUAUUACAUCUUACCACUAGUAGUCAAAAUGAGGAAGACCUGGGUGUGGAUUUAGUUUUGUCAUCCUGUGAGGUAGAGCUUCCUCAAGCGCUUUGUCAUAAUGGAGUAUGCAGCAAGGCUUCUGUACUCUACAGCGCAGUUACAGAUAUAUGGCAGGAUGGAGACAGAAGCACAGAAAUACACAUCCAACCCAUAAACAGCACCAACUUUCUCUGGAAUGGGUACAGGCCUCAAAGUGUGCAGAUCGUUGUAAAAGACGUUCCAUCUGCACACUGUUACUCGUUCACAGACCCUCACAUCAUCACAUUUGACGGCAGGAUGUAUGAUAAUUACCAGAUUGGCACAUUUGUGCUGUACAGGAGCACGGCUCGGCCCUUCGAGGUGCACGUUCGGCAGUGGGAAUGCGCUGGCGCGACGGCCUACCCCACGUCGUGUGUCUGUGGCUUCGCGGCCAGGGACGGGGGUGAUGUCAUUGCAUUUGACAUGUGUAACGGGUUGUCGGGAGAGACAAAGCCACGCCUGACGGUCAAGAGCGGAGAAUUGGUUAAAAGUGGCAUCCGGAUCGCAGAAUCUUACCAGGGCCGUAAAGUCACAAUUUCGUUCUCAUCGGGGGCAUUUGUUCGAGUGGAUGUGGCUGACUGGGGAAUGAGUCUGACUCUGAGGGUCCCGGGCUCCGAUCGGGGCCACACUGAAGGAUUGUGUGGAACAUAUGAUGGACUGUCAGUCAAUGACUACCACAAACAAGAUGGAGAGACUGUGGAGAACAGCACCUCAUUUAUCAACGCCUGGAGGUUAGCACCCCGUAGCAGCUUGUUUGAUAAGAUCCCUACCUAUGAAAGCAACUCCAGUCUCAGGCAGUACUGCCGCUGCCAACAAGAGAAACAGCCAUCAUCUAUUGCAUCAUUUCACCCAUCCGCUGUUUCCUCAAAGUGUUCAGCCUUUACUCAUGUCCGAUCUCCCUCCAUCAUCCCUACGCUCGACGUGACUGCAGAAUACAGAUCUGUGCAACCUCGCCGAGAAACGACCAACCCUGCUGGUAGGCCCACCCAAAACCGUCCACGGUCAAGAACCCAACCUCAGAGACGCGUUACGAACCCCCAGAGGUCACAGACACAAAGACGCGUUAAGAGCCGAGAAAAGCGUCAGGCCCGCUAUCACUCCAGAUCAUCUGUAGAUGUAAGAAAGUCAGACCUGGAGUCUACUUAUGAUUUCCCAGAAGACCAUUCAUCAAAUUCACCAGAUACACCUGCACCAUCUUGGCCUACAGAGUCUGGCCUGAUGGAGUCGGAGGCCCGGCGGCUUUGCGAGGAAACGUUACGGAGCUCCACAGUGGGAACGGGAUGUAAACAUCUUAUAGGUGAGGUGCUAAAGCAGGCAGUGGAAAUGUGUGUGAUGGACCAACAGCUAAAGGACGAUCAGACCUGGUUGGUCGCCACGGUGCCUCUUCUGGAGAAUGAGUGUGAGAGGAGGGUGGCAGAGGAGGUGAGCAGGAGAAAGGAGCACCAGGAGGUUCAGGAUCUCCUCAGGUGUCCAAACAUGUGCAGUGGAAACGGACAAUGCACGGAGUGGGGCUGCUCGUGCUUCCCAGGGUUUGGCACGUACGACUGCAACAGGGUUUCUGAUGAGACUCCUGAGAUCACAGAGUUGGAGAACGGAGGGCUGUGUGAUGUUCGCUAUGGCGUCUGCUCUUCUGUUAGAGUUCUCGGUCAUGGCUUUAAAAACUCAUACAGGCUUAAGUGUGAAGUCGUGAAGGAAAAGAUUGUAGAUGGUGAAUGGUCUUUGGAUGAUGCUCGGUUGGUCCCUGCAUCAUUUCAAAGCGCUUCCUCACUAGAGUGCCAUCUUCCUAUAGAUGAGCCGCAGUCCUCCAACACGUCACACCCACCAGUCUCACGCUGGCAAAUCAAAGUGUCUAAUGAUGGACACAGCUUCAGCAACGCAAAGAUACUUACUCUUUUUGAUGGAGCGUGUCAGAUUUGCACAGUCAGCACUGCAGUUAUAUGCACCCUUAAGAACAGAACAUGUAAUAUUGAUGGAUUGUGUUAUGGAGAGGGAGAUCACAGCCCGAACAGCCCGUGUUUAACCUGCAGACCGAAUCUUUCCAAGUACAGCUGGUCUAUUGCUGAAAAAAACAAGCCGCCGGUGUUUCACACAGGCCAGGACAAUCUGAGCACGUUUUACGGAGAGAAUUUUGUCUAUCAGUUUUCGGUCACUGACCCGGAGGGAUCUGCGCUCCUUUUCACACUUGAGUCAGGGCCCAAAGAUGCUGUUUUGUCUCCAGCCGGUCUGCUCAUCUGGAAAGCCGUGUCUAUCAAACCGGUGACCUUUGAGCUGACUGUCACUGAUGACUGUAACGCAGAGACACGGGCAGCAGUGAAGGUUUCACUUCAAAACUGCGACUGUCAGAACGGAGGUUCCUGUGUGACCAACAUUAACUUCCCACCGGGCUCUGGUGAAUACCUGUGUGUUUGCCCUGCGGGUCUGGAGGGGGGGACGUGUGAAGUUGACGUAGAUGAGUGCAGGUCAAACCCGUGUCUUUCAGGCACAUGUGUGGAUGGAUUAAACUCCUUCACGUGCAGCUGUCCGAAAGGCCUAACAGGUGUGAUCUGUGAUGUGGAUGUUGACGAGUGUUUAUCAGCACCGUGUUAUCCAGAUGUGGCCUGCAGAAACACCAUGGGCUCAUUUUUGUGCGGCCCCUGUCCUGAUCACCUUACUGGAGAUGGAAAGACCUGCAAUCGUAUGGGUUUACCAGGAAAGGCAUCGGAUAAAACUGAGGAAGUUAUUCAUGGUAUUAAUUCACAACGUGAGAUUAACCAUGGUUUCUCUAAACCCAAGCCUGCUGCGGGCCAAAACCCGUGCUCCAGUCGUCCUUGUUACCCUGGAGUCCAGUGUUUUGAAAGCACAUAUACAUCUGCUGGUUACAUCUGUGGCCCGUGUCCUUCUGGACUCAGUGGCAAUGGACAGACAUGCACGUCUCGGACAGCAAACAGGCAGACAAAGAUUGUAAAGGAAAGCGACAAACACUCUGAUGUCACUUCCACCAGGAAGUCAAGCGAACUUCCUGCUGGAGCUGAGAGAUCUAUCUCAUCAUCAUCUGGUGUCCGAAAGACCUCCACACACACCCUGGACAGGACGAACUCAAAAGCAAAAUUGAACGAGGACGAGUUUGAAUCUGCACUUAUAGAGGAUAACAGAACCUGUGCUGAUUCUCCAUGUUUCUCCCAAGUGCCUUGUGAACCCACUACAUCCGGCUCCUUCAGAUGUGGUAGCUGCCCACGUGGCUAUGAAGGAAAUGGACUUAGCUGCAAAGCUGUUUGCCGUUACCCGUGCGGUCCGAAUAUGGAGUGCUCGCAGCCUAACACCUGCACCUGUAAAGAGGGUUACACAGGAUACAACUGUCAUAUCGCUGUGUGUCGACCAGACUGCAAGAACAGAGGGAAGUGUGUGCGUCCCAAUGUUUGUGAAUGUCCACCGGGGUACAACGGAGUAAUCUGUGAAGAAGCCAACUGCGAUCCCCCUUGCCAACAUGGUGGGCGCUGUUCGUCUAGAAAUCUCUGCACUUGUCCUUACGGCUACGUGGGACCAAGAUGUGAAACUAUGGUGUGUAACAGACAUUGUGAACACGGUGGCGAGUGUGCGUCGCCUGAUGUCUGUAAGUGUAAGCCGGGCUGGUACGGACCCACGUGUAACUCAGCUGACUGUAAGCCUGUGUGCUUAAAUGGAGGAACUUGUAUCAAACCAAACGUCUGUGCUUGUCCAAGUGGCUUUUAUGGUUCACAAUGCCAAAUUGCUCUGUGUAAUCCACCAUGUAAAAACAGAGGUCAGUGCAUGAGAAACAACGUGUGCUCGUGUCCAGAGGGAUACACCGGCAAAAGAUGUCAGAAAAGUGUGUGUGAUCCCAUGUGCAUGAACAAUGGAAAGUGUGUCAGUCCAAACACCUGUUCCUGCCCAUCUGGAUGGAGAGGAAGUAUUUGCAACAUCCCGGUGUGUUUACAGAAGUGUAAAAAUGGUGGAGAGUGUGUUGGGCCAAACACCUGCCACUGUCCGGCUGGAUGGGAGGGUCUGCAGUGCCAAACCCCAAUCUGUACCCAAAAGUGCCUCAACGGGGGAAGAUGCAUGUUUCCAAAUUUCUGCCACUGCCGGCAAGGUUACUCUGGACACUCCUGUGAAACUAAAACUAGAUGAUGAAGAUGUGAGACAAUGAAAACACAUCACUGAAGGGUUUACAGUAUGUGUGUGUAUGGAUCAGUGUCCUUAACUCAAAAGGUUAUGAGAAUAUUUAGGUUAUUAGAAUAUUGUAAAUGUCUCUAUUUGUGUGCGAGUUUGUGUGAAUGUCUCAGGCAGUCAUGCAUAUAUCAGUAUUGACUGAUUUUAUUUGAAUUCUGUUACAUUUUUAUCUUAAAUAUGUAAUGUAGUGUGCAAAUGUUUUUAUUGUAAACGUGUACAAAUUAUUGUCCUGUUUCUAUUGGUUUUAAAGGUCACCUAAUAUGAGAAAUUAACUUUUCUAUAUUGUUUUGGAACAUAAUUGUGUAUCUGUGUGUGCACACAACCACCCUGUAAUGAUCAAAAUCUGCCCACUCCUUUUUUCAAAUCUCCAUGAAACGUCAACAGUCUCAUGGGACAGGCUUUUGGCUAUUGGUGAGCAAACUGACAUCACUUUGCGCAGACCCCGCCCACAACUGUCCAAAAACCAGUUAGGUCAUAAUUUCUAUUAAAAAAAAUCUAUCUUCUUUACAUAAUUCAUUUAAGUAAGGUAGUUGUCUUAUUAAAAAUUGUGUAUGUUUCUGGUAUAGAUAACAGUAAACGAGGAGCUCAUUUGCAUUUAAAGAGACAUACACAAACAGCAAUUUUUCCAAAAAUGUGCCUUUUAAACAUGGUAUAAUAAAUUAUCUUUAGGGUAUUUGGAUCUGAAACUAUACUUGCACAUUCUGGGGACACCCGAGACUAAUAUUGCAUCUUGAAAAUUGCCAUAGGUGACCUUUAAAGAAAUGUAUAUUUGUAAUUAGAUCUACAAAAUGAAUACAUUUGAUUGAAAUAAAA